UAUAGUCGUUGAUAAAAUAAAAGUAGCGGAGGUUUUAAGCGCGCGCUAGGGUUUAGGGCUCUCUAGGGUUUUCUCCUUCCCUCUCUAUUUCUCUCUCUCUCUCUCUCUCCGUCUUGUAUUUUCGCCUCCCCAAAAACCCUAACAAUCCAAAUCAGAGGGUGGAGAAGCAUGGACAGAUAUCAGAGGGUGGAGAAGCCCAGACCCGAAACGGCUAUCAACGAGAACGAGAUCCGAAUCACCACUCAGGGCCUCAUCAGGAAUUACAUCAGCUAUGCCACCUCUCUCCUUCAGGAGAAACGGGUGAGGGAGAUUGUCUUGAAGGCAAUGGGACAGGCAAUCAGCAAGACUGUGGCCAUAGCUGAGAUUAUAAAGAAGAGGAUUCCUGGCUUGCAUCAAGAUACUACCAUCAGUUCAACUAGCAUAACCGAUGUAUGGGAACCCAUUGAAGAGGGCCUUGUACCUUUGGAGAUGGUUCGCCAUGUUUCAAUGAUCUCAAUCUCUCUGUCAACCAAAGAGCUAAACAAGGACUCUCCAGGGUACCAAGCUCCAUCUUAUGUAGAGCAGCCAAAGCCACAAUAUCAAUAUCGGCAGCAGCAGCCACAGCCGCAGCCACAACAGCGUCAACCCAAGCAAGCUCUUGCUCCAAUCAAUGUUCCUAAUGAAGAUUCAUAUGGUCAAGGGCGUGGGCGAGGUAAUAAAGGAAGAGGAAGAGGUUGGGGCAGAGGCGGAUAUGGGAAUAAUCAGGGAUAUGGAAACAAUCAAGGAUACAACAACAACCAGGGCUAUGGAAACAAUCAAGGAUACAGCAACAACCAGGGAUAUGGAAACAAUCGAGCAUAUGGUAACGGUCAAGGCUAUGGAAACAAUCAAGGAUAUGGCAAAAAUCAAGGCUAUGGAAAUAACCAAGGAUAUGGGAACAAUCAAGGAUAUGGAAACAAUCAAGAAAAUGGUGGGUGGAAUUGGAACUGGAGUCGAGGUGGUGGCAGCAGCGGCGGACGAGGAAGAGGCUAUGGUUAUCGAGGUGCGGGAUAUGAAAGAGGCCGAGGGGCAGGAGGUGGGAGAGGUUACGUUCGGGGUCGAGGAAGGAUGGGUGGUGGUGGCCGGGGGAGGGGCAACCCGGCGUAAAAGAUGGAUGGUGGCUGGCGGCAUCCUCUAAUGCUUGCUUGGGGUUUUAAUAGGGGGAGAAUAUAUUCAGGGGAUGUUUUGGAGCUAAAGAAGCAAUAGGUUUGUUGUUUCUCUAUUAGAUUGUGGAUGUGGGCAGCCUUUAUUUUCUUUGUUUGAUUGUUUGUUUUUUCUCUCCACCUGAAGGUAGUAGUUAGAGCCAGAAAUGUAAUUCAUUCCAUAUGUUUUCUCUUUUCUUAGCUUACUAUACUCGACCUGAACGUCCCUCCCCAUGUAUCUACCACCAAUUUUCAUAGUGAAUACCUUUGAAACUUACUCUCCGA